AUGUGGCCCCGCAAAUCCUCAGACAAAGAUGAAAACGAAAAUAAGCCCAUAGAGCGCUCCGAGAAGGAGGAUGUGGAGAACGCCCACAUCGAGAAGAUCGAUGCCAGUAUCGACAACAUUGCCACCAGUAUCGACAAUCUACCAGUAAGCUGGUUCGUCUGGCUCGCGGCAACGACAGCCUCCAUGGCGGGUCUCCUCUUCGGCUACGAUACAGGUAUCAUCUCCGGCGUCCUGGUCGUGCUGGGGAACUCCCUAGAUGGCAGACCGGCCACAAGCAGCGAGAAGGAGAUGAUCACUUCACUUUGCUCCGGAGGAGCCUUCAUCGGUGCCAUCUUCGCCGGAAACACUGCAGACAGAUUCGGUCGUAAAAUGGCCAUCUACCUGGGUUGCUUUCUCUUUGUCGCCGGCGCCGUCAUCCAAGCGGCUGCCUAUACCAUUGCGCAAAUGGCCGUGGGUCGAUUGGUGAUCGGAUUUGGUGUUGGCUGUGGCGCCAUGGUGCUACCACUCUACGUCGCAGAGAUUGCCCCGGCCAAGGCCCGUGGAAAGCUCAUUGGAUUGAACAACAUGUCCAUCACUGGGGGCCAGGUCAUCUCCUAUGCCAUUGGAGCGGCCUUUUCAAGCGUCCCCCAUGGUUGGCGAUACAUGGUCGGUCUCGGUGCGGUGCCUGCCCUUGUCCUCGGCGCCCUCAUGCCUUUCUGCCCCGAGUCUCCACGUCACCUGGCUUACAAUGGCCGCAACGACGAGGCCAGACUUGUGCUGCGGAAAAUCUACGCCGAAGCCACCGAAGAUCAAAUCGACGCGGUGCUUCUCUCUAUCUGUACAGCGUGUGACCAGGCCCGUGAAAUCAACGAGAGCGGCUCGCGAUUCUCGAAGAUCAAGAAGCUUCACACUGUCCCCAGUAACCUGCGUGCAUUGAUCAGUGCUUGCGGUCUGAUGGUGAUCUCUCAGCUGUCCGGAUUCAAUGCUCUGAUGUACUACUCCGCAACUCUGUUUUCGCUGGUCGGCUUUGACAACCCCACCGCGGUCGGACUCGUGGUGGCAGGCACUAACUUUAUCAUGACAUUCGUCAACAUGAUGAUGGUCGAUGGAAUCGGACGGAGAAAACUUCUCCUUUCAACCGUGUGGGGCAUGUCCGUGGGCAUGAUCGCCGUCGCAGUCGCAUUCCGCUGGAUCCCCAUCAACAUGGAAACGAUGGAAGUCGCCACUUCGGGAAUCCCCCCCGCAGCCAUCGCGGUCCUUGUCUUCAUUAUCUGGUUUGUGGUAUUCUACGGUGUCUCCGUCGGUAACACCGCAUGGAUGAGCACCGACUUCUUCCCCCUCGAAGUGCGUGCCAUCGGAACCAUGUGGUUGACCUGCUCCAACUGGGGCGCCAACGUCAUCAUCUCCAGCACCUUCCUCUCCAUGAUGAAGGCCUGGACCCCUUCCGGUGCAUUCGGAUUCUUCGCCGCGAUCUGCGGUCUCGGAUACAUCUGGCUGUACUUCUUCUACCCUGAGGUGUCCGGGCUGGUCUUGGAAGAGGUGAAGGAAGUCUUCGAGCAUGGCUUCGGAGUCAGUUAUGCCAGACAGCUCCGCAAGGAGAGGAAGGAUAUCAUCGAGGAGCGGAUGAAGACCCAAGAAAAGCCAAUGGCUGCUGGGCAUUAA